GCAGAGCGCUCCUUUACUGGAUGCCUUCCUCAAUUUGCUCUACCACGUCACUUGUUCUCCCCAAAGUUUGAGGGUUUUCUCGUAUGUUGGAUGCGCAACUGUCGCUUCUCACACACAACGGCACCCCGCUCGCGUUUGUCACGCGCCCCAAGGAACAAGUAACGUUUACGUCACAAAACCCAUUUCGAAAGACAUUAUGUCACAACAAAAAUGAUUAUAUCCCAUGGAGCUCGAAGACUGCACCGAGACUCUCAGGACACUUCUGUGAGGCAAGUAUAUGAGGCUUGCUCGUUUCCAUGUGGCUUAGAUUUGCCUCUGACAUCUUAUCUCACUUGGCUUGCAUAUUCGCGUGGAUGGCCAAUGUGGACGCGGGGCUACUUGUACGAAUCCAUCAUACCCGGAAAUUGCCUGCCACAAUCGAUCAGAUUCUUGAAGCCUGGAAGCUUGAAACUCGUACGCUCUACGACUUUAACCUGGUCGAUUCUGUGUUUAUGACCGUGACGAACUGAGACAAACUUAUGCACUUGGAAACAGGGUGCUAAGUCCUUUUACAAUGUUUCUUUUUAGUAUUGAACCAGCGCACGAUUGACAUCACAGAACAGGGCUCAUAAGGCACAAACUAUCGAAUUUUGCACAAAAUCAGGAGAAAUGACAUCCGUGUCUCCGUGAGCCCCUUACGCAUAUUGUUGCCGUAAAACCAGGAGUAUCAGUCACUCGACAUCGCGAACAUUGUUCGUUCACUAUUAUUGGUUGCCCGCAUUUUUAAUACUUGCGAAUGUCAUCAAGCAAUCACUUCCUGUCACGAUAACAAUAGUGUGCUGUUGUCGUCAUGGCCAGCCGGGUUGUUCGUCCCAAGACUAGAUCGAUGGGUCGCGUUGUGCCAACUAUCAUAGAACUUGAUAGAAGAAGCUUCGUGUGGUUGUUGCCAGUUCUCUGCGAUGGACAGCACUCGCAUCAAUCUAAGCAUUUCGAUACUUCUAUAUUUCAUAACUUCCACCAGGAUGAUGUGAUGGCCUUCGCAUUUCUGUAAACGGUUCUCAGGUGGCGGUACAACGGUGAGAGAACCCAACAGUUAUGGUUGUUGGCACUAGGAGAAUAUUCGCUCUAGUCCUGAACUUUGGAUACCUUGGAUAUUAUAUCCACAGCGGGCCAGCGGCGCACCCAAGUAUAGGGUGUUGACACUAUUUCCUGCGCAGACUCGUAUGCCCCUUUCACUAGAGU